AUGGACCACAAUGCGCCAUCUCCGCCCGUCACCGCCGUAGGGAGUACGCAAAAUGCAAGACAGGACGCUGUCAACCAGCUCGCGAACAUCGGCAAGGGCGAGGGCUCCAUCCUCUCCCAGCUGCUGGAAAACCCCUUCUUCACGGCCGGCUUUGGUCUCGCAGGGCUAGGAGCUGCCUUGCGAUAUGGAUCAAUCGGUCUCAGACGCACCGCCGAGCUCAUCAGACAUCGCAUGCUGGUUGAUUUGGAGAUUACGAGACACGAUGAAUCGUACAAUUGGGUUCUGAACUGGAUGACGAACCACUACUCGCAAUCAUUAGCGCCACAGGGCAAGAAGCAGGUUGGAGCGCUGGAGUCCCUCCUUCGGCGCUUCACCCCUGGACUUCACCAUCUCCAGAUCAAGACCCAAGUGUCGAGGACUGCGAGCGGCUCACAGCAGACUGCCUUUGCUCUGGUACCCGGCCAUGGAAGGCACAUUCUACGAUACAAGAAUGCGUUCCUCGCCGUCAAUCGUGAAAGAGUCGGCAAAAGCUUCGACUCAAAUGGCCAGCCUUUCGAGACGGUCAAACUCACAACACUUUACUACUACCGCCACAUCUUCGAAGACAUCUUUCGCGAAGCACACCAUAUGGCCCUCCAAAGCACAGAGGGUAAAACCGUCAUCUACACAAGCCGCAACGUGACCUGGGAGAAAUCAGGCGAACCCAAACGACGGCGACCCUUCGACUCGGUCGUCUUACAGAAAGGCCUCAGCGACAAAAUCCUCAACGACGUGAACGAAUUCCUCAAUGCUCGGACCUGGUACCUCGAUCGCGGCAUUCCCUACCGGAGAGGAUACCUCCUAUACGGGCCGCCAGGUACAGGCAAAACCUCCUUCGUGCAAGCCCUAGCCGGCGAGCUAGACUUCAACAUCGCCAUGUUAAGUCUCAGCCAACGCGGACUGACAGACGACCUCCUCAACCAUCUCCUCUUGAACGUCCCACCGCGAACAAUCGUCCUCCUCGAAGACGCUGACGCCGCAUUCACGAAUCGCCGGCAACGAGACGAGGACGGCUACAGCGGCGCGAACGUCACUUACUCCGGUCUCCUCAACGCCCUAGAUGGCGUUGCCAGCGCGGAGGAACGCAUCAUCUUCAUGACCACAAACCAUAUCGAUCGGCUCGAUGACGCAUUAAUCAGACCCGGAAGAGUCGACAUGACGGUCCAUCUAGGCAACGCCACCGAAUGGCAGAUGGAGCAGCUCUGGGACCGGUUCUACGCUGAAAGUGACACUAACGGAGAGGGCAAGACGUUGUUCAUGCAAAAGGCAAGAGAUGCCGAUCUCAUAGGCAGCGUGAGCACGGCGGCGUUGCAGGGACUGUUCCUGUACAACAAGGAUGACGUGAAGGGUGCGAUUGCGAUGGUUGAUCAGUUGGCUACUGCAAGACCGCAGGGACAAGGCGGGAGGACGGAGGAUUGA